UAUGUUUUCAAGUAACAACUAGCAAAUUGCAAUGGGUUUCUAACCCGUAGCUGACGUAUUUUAUAUUUGUAUAAAUUAGGAAAUUGUACAGAUUUUUAGUGAUAAGUGUACCAUCUGUGUUUAUUUUUAUCCAAUAUUAUUUAUUUCUGUUCAUGAUUAAGAAAUAAUGUCCUUCGAGUACUUACCCGUAGCUGAAGAUGAAAAUGAAGAACCCAUAGAACUUCCAGUCGAAGAUGAUGGGACUUUAAUGUUAACAACUGUGUCUGCGCAAUUUCCAGGUUGCUGCGGUUUAAAAUAUCGUCAUCCUGAUACAAAAACAUUUAGAGGUAUAAGAUUAAGAGACGGCAGACUAUAUCCUCCGCCAGAGGGAUGGGGCAAUCAUUUAUACAUUUGCAGUUUCCCAAAAGAAAAUAAAAGAAAAUCUGGUGACUGCUCUGAGAUUACACUCUUAAAAAAUAAACGAAACGACAACUUAUGUUCUGAUUUAAUUGUCUUAGGAUUACCUUGGAAGGCCACAGAACAAACAGUAAGAGAAUACUUUGAAAAAUUUGGAGAGGUAUUAAUGGCUCAGUUAAAAAGAGAUCCGAAGACGGGUAUGUCAAAAGGAUUUGCUUUUAUCCGUUUUUCAUCUUAUACAUCACAAAUGAGAGUUCUAGCUCAAAGACAUAUGAUUGAUGGCCGCUGGUGUGAUGUUCGGAUACCUAAUUCUAAAGAAGGCUCUAUCACCUCAAUGCCUUGCAAAGUAUUUGUUGGACGCUGUACUGAAGACUUAUCAGCAAAUGACCUAAGAGAAUACUUCUCACAGUUUGGAGAAGUCACUGAUGUGUUUAUACCAAAACCAUUUCGUGCUUUCAGUUUUAUAACAUUUUUAGAUCCUGAAGUUGCACAAAGUUUGUGUGGUCAAGAUCAUAUUAUAAAAGGGGUAUCUGUGAAUGUAUCAAAUGCCUCACCAAAGCAAAAUAAAAGUAGUUCAAAUCAACGUAACUUACCCAGUCGGAACUAUGAAGAGAGUCAUCACAAUGCAUCAAACAACAAUUCCUGGAGUAGCCGUAACAUGGAUAUGGUUAAUAUGCAAGCUUUAGGUAUAUCUGGCCAACAUGGCCAAUCUGCAGUUGCUGCUGGUGCUGGACAAGGUCAAGGUGGUAAUAUGCCUCUGAGCAUGGGAGGUUUACCAGUUAACCAAGCAUUAGUAGCAGCUGCAUUAAAUCAAGCAGCUGGUUGGGGUCUCAUUAACAACAUACCUUCUGGAGGAUCAGAGCAAGGUGCAUUUGCUGGACCAGCAUCUUCUGCACCACCAGCUCCACCCAAUUUCCUAUCUUGGAUGCAACAAGGUAAUUCAGCUCAGGGACCUUCUAGUCAGUGGGGACAAAGGCACCAAUCCCAAGGCCACUCUGUUUGAUUCAAUGGUAAAUAAUAAGCUCACAAUAAUCUCUGUGAUUGUAGCAAAAAUUAGAUUAUAUUAUUUGAAAUUAACUACUACAUAUAUGGGUUGUUUUUGGUGUAGAGUGGUUUGCUACUGGUGUUAUACACAUAUAUUAAUUUAUUAUGAAUUUGCUUGUUUUGUUGUUUUCUUUUGUCAUUAACUUUUACUGUAGUUUAAAAAGCUUUUUGUCACAUUACAUUCACAUAUGAUAAAUAUUAUUAUUGGUGUACUAUAGUUUAAAUACAAGCACACUAGCAACAAAAAACUAAUUAAAAUUUCUAGCUUCAAUUUUCACUAAUUUCAUAGUAUAUAUUUUAUUGUUGGACAUCAAUGGACAAAAAGUAUUCAUAAAAGUAAAGGAAUCUAUUAUCAUUACUUUUAUGACAAAUAAGAAUAUUUUGUUGUUGCACUUAUCAAUUUUAUCAGCUAUUUGUAUAAUACACUAAUAUAUAUUAAAAAUCCAUAAUUUCUAACAACUUAGAAUAUUUUAAUAUUGACACUUCAGUAAUUGCUUCCCAUUUUAUUUAAGAAAUUAUUAAUAUAUUCGAAAUGUUUCGAUUUAUUUACAAGAAGUGUAUGAAGAUUGAAGUUGUUUUGUUUUUAUGUUGUCAUUAUAUUUUAAAGUGAGCAAAAACAUCCUAUGGAAGUGUAACUGUACCUAUGAUAGAAUAAGAGUACUACCCUUUGUACAAUUAAAUGGUAUAAGUUAUAUGGCAGAUUGUUGAAAGGUCAUACUUGUGUAUAGAAAAGAUAGAGAAUCUAUUGAUUGUUAUCAUUGUUUAACAGAGUAAAUAAUGUUGAUUAUUAUUAUAAAUUUAUUCUGUGUUUCCUCAGGACAUGUGGCUUAAAUCAAGGAUAAGUAUAUAUAUUUUUGACAAAAUAAAUGGCUAGAAUAUUUUUGUGACUAUGCUAUAUUUUUACGGAAUUGUUUAUUGAAUGGGUACCUAGCUAUAGUUGUAAGAAUCCUGGCAUAUGUGUAACAGAGAAUACUAGUGUGUCUAAGAGACAAAAGCUGUUUGUACAAAAUUCAAGACUGUAAAUAAGUAAAGGUCAGAUACAAUGUAUAGCUAUGUUUAAAUAAUAUUUAACAUUUAUAAUGGCAAUAGAAGUUAUAAAGUAGCAUAGGAGGUUAAGCGAAAAAUACAUACAAAAUAGGUAUUUGUAAUUAUAUGUUGGAAAAUAUAUUUUGUAUAUCUCAACAAUCAAUAUAUAUAUAUUGAUUCCAAAUUCUUGCUAAAAAAAUAGAUUCUGAAAAAAUGUUAACAGAAUCUUCAAAUAUGUUAAAGUGACUAAAAUUUAUAAUAGUAAAUAAAACAACAUUAUUACAAAAUUAUUGUUCAGGUACCUAUGAUAAAGUAACUUAAUAACAACACCUUUAGUAAUCACAACUAUUAUAAUCUAUUAAACUUUCAAUAUAAUUUAUAAGAAAAUUGUAAAAUUUGUACUCAAUAAAUUUUUUUAACAUUGCAUUGGUAAACACUUACUAUAAUAUUGUAUAAUUUAACUGUGUGAGUAGCUAGAUUUUAGCUAAAUACUCAACAUUAAAACUGAUUGUCGUGGGUACCUAUUCAUUAUUUUAUAUCAAUAACAUUGACUAUGUUACUCUUGAAAAGAAAUAUUCCUUUUUUUAUUGUACCUAUAAGUGGUAGUUUUCGCUUGGGUUUGUUUGUGUUAUUAACUUAUUCGAUAAGAUGGGACAUCAUCGGUUGACGUUAUUUAUUAUUGUUCGUGAAAAUUUUUAUUUGUCAGGAUAGUAUCGGUAGGAACGGGUUCAUUUUUGCUUGGCUUAGCGAUCGAUCAUAAAUCUAACAACAGGACGUAAACAUAAUGACAAAAAUAUUUCCAUAGGACUAAUGAAAUAUUUGAUUGAAAUUUCAAAAUAAUUCUGCUAUAUAUGUAAAGUGUGUAUGUAGUACGUACAUACUUACGGUAACAACACUUUUUAAUACAUUUUUAUUUGAUUAUUAAAUAUAUUAAUUCUUAAACGUACUAUAAGCCUCAAAUAGCAGGUGAAUAUUCUAAUCAAUCCCGUGACAUUUAAAAAUAUAAUAUAUUUAAAAUCCGUUUCAACUAAUUUAGACUUAUAGUACGUUAUGAAUAGCAUCAUUAGUUUGUUAUGACAGUUGUGGUGAAAACACUAUAAAAUGAUACAUAAAAUAAUAAAUAUCGUUUAUUUUGUGCAAUACAUUAUAUUUGUAUAUAAGUAUCUUACAGUCCAUGAAAAUGUAAUGAACUAAAUUAUUACCAACUUAUAAAUAAAAAUUAUUAAUCGAGUACCGAUGUUCGUGUGUGCGCUUAGUCAUUGCAUAUUUACUUGUAACAAUUAAUUUCUCACAUAUUUCAAUAGGAUCAAAGAAACAAGGUGCUAUAUAAAUCGAUGAUAUUAAUAGCUCAUCAAUAUCAGCGUAGUGUGAUGAAAUUAUAAUGAGUUCUUAUAGAAUAUAAUAUGUAUGUGACUUGUACAAUCAUAUUGGCAAUAAGUAUCUAUAUCGCGUUUAUCAAACUUUGUUGUUGAUCAAACUUUAAUCAGCUUAGCAUUAAACUUUAAUAAGCUAGUUUGAUUAAACUUAAUUUACUUUUUCUUGGGACAUAUUUUCCGUAGACAUUACUUAAGCUUAUCGACUAAUGCAUACUAAUUUGAAUGUUGAUAGUGAUAUAAAAAUAAUACGAUAGAGAUACUUCUUUGCAAAUGCAAUAUAUCUUAAACAAAGAUUCAAUUAACAUAAAACGAACCUCACCAUAUACCGUGCCUAUUAAAUUAUUGAGGAUUUUGUGUAACGUUUGGAACGUUGUGUAGUGUUUCUAACUCAAAACAUGUUGAAUGAUUUGAGUCUGUGUAUAAAUAACUAGAGCUUUUAUUGUUAUUUUUAUUAUCUUCAGCACUGUGUAUAUUUGAGUUAUAAUCCGUCAUUAGAGUGUAACUCCUUUUUAUUUUGUAAUGGAACCGAUAUACUGUAUAGUUUUUUCUAUGCCUGUUUUUAUUGAUUCUAUUGAAUUUAAUUUUUGUGUCUGCAUUGAUUGAAUAAAGUACUUAAAAUAAAAGUGAUA